CCACGCCAGCCGUUCCCCACACCCACCCAACUCUGCACCCAAGACCUCCCCCUCUGACUCCGCCCUUGCCCGCCCCGGGCCGAGGCUGGGCGGCGCCCGUGUCCCAGUCACUGUCGGAUCAGGUGGACAUUGGUAGUUUCGCUGUCGUUGGAGGCACCGGUGCGGAAUCCCAGAACUCGGUCAGAAUGGCGAGGGACGCGGCGAGAGUUGCACGGAUCGUGAACGAAACGGUGGCGGAGGGCAGGAACUCUUUGGACCUGUCGAACUGCAAGCUAACCUCUUUUCCAGUUGCGCUCUUCAAAGUUAUGAAGGACGUGCUGGAGAACAUUCACUUCGUUUCUCUGGAAAACAAUGAACUGAAGUCCAUCACCGAUGACUUCAUGACUAACUUUAGCCAGAUGCGGGAAUUAAAUCUUGAAGGCAAUUUCCUGAAGCAGCUGCCUGAUGAAGUCAAGACUCUGACACACUUAAAAAACAUAAAUCUUGCAAGAAACAAGUUCUCUAGCUUUCCACACCAGCUAACAGAGCUGACAGCGCUGGAAAAUAUUAACCUAGAGGCAAACGAGAUCACUGAGAUGCCACUUGAGACCCUCAACUCUAUGCCUUCCCUCAAGUUACUAAAUAUGAAAUUAAACCCUGUGAACAAAGAAACCCUAGCAGUUGAACAAAUGGAAUUAAAAUUUGAAUUGCUGGUAACAGUUGAAUAGCUAAUAUGGAUUAGAAUCAGAACUUUGAUGUUUGAAGCGAACAUUGCCAUGUGCCACGCAACUACUCUCUCUUAGUAACUAUGGCACCUCCCCAGGAUUUGGAUUAUGUGUGGCUAAAUUUGUUAUGGGUGUGUGAGACCUACUGGUGAUCAUCUGACAAUGAAAAAAACAUGAAACAUUGUUUACAAACAAGAGAAAAUCUGCAGAUGCUGGAAAUCCAAGCUACAUGCGCACAAAAUGCUGAGGAACUCAGCAGGCCAGGCAACAUCUAUGGAGAAGAGCAUAGUAAACGUUGCUCAUCAGGGUUGGAGAAAAGACGAGGAGUCGUAAUAAGAAGGUGGAGGGAGGGGAGGAAGGAACACAAGGUGAUAGAUGAAACCGGGAAGGUGGGGGGUAGAGGGGUGAAGUAAAGCUGGGAAGUUGAAAGAGAUACAGAACCGGAGAAGGCGGAAUGUGAUAGGAGAGGACAGAAGGCCAUGGAAGAAAGGAACGGAAGGACCACCAAAGGGAGUUGAUGGGCAAGUAAGCAGAUAAGGCGAGAGAGAAAAAAUGCAAAUAGGGAAUGGUGAAGGAGAGGAGGGCAAUUACGGGAAGUUCCAGAAAUUGAUUUUCAUGCCAUAAAGUUGGAGGCUACCCAGAUGGAAUAUAGGGUGUUGCUCCUCCAACCUGAGUGUGGCAUCAAAGAUGCUGCCUGGCCCACUGAGUUCCUCCAGCACUUUGUGUGUGUGUGUGUAAAUUGUUGUUUCUUCAGAUUAACAAUGAAAUGUACAAUGAUUGUGCUGAAUUCUGAGUUUUAAUGUGACAUAUAAGAUGUUUUUCCCUUAGAGGCAAAGCAAUUAUAUUGUUAACUGUUUGGACUUAUAACUGACACAGAGCCUCAACACGAAACAUCAAUAUUUUGUUCCACUCCAUAAAUGCUGUCUGAUCUGCUGAGUUCCUUCAGCACUUUAUCUGCAGAAUAUCUUGUGUUUGGAUUUGUAAGUGACAAGAUUAAAACAUAUUUGGAAUAUAAAUUAUAUGCAAUUGAGCAGCAAAUAUAUAAAUUGCAGAGAAAAUCUGUUUUUUAUUUGGUAAACUUUUGGUUAUCACCCUGUGAAAUCUUCCAGUGAAGAACUUCCACUUGAAGUGCAUCGCCCAUGAGCUGGAGUGUAUUUUUGAUGUAGUGUUGCCUAGCUGAUUAAAAGUAAUUGCAUGAUUGCAUUGAAUGAUUUACAAUUUGAAUUAAAGAACUGUUGUGUUUGA